CGCUAGUGGUGCAGACUCAAGCCGAGCCUAAGUAGAAGGAAGUGAGUGAGCUAACGGGCGAAGCGGAGAGCUGCCGUGAAAAGCACUUCGUCCCAAGCGCUAACAAGAAGCCAGGCUUCUGUUUUUUUGCAGCCAGGUCCGCUUCGGAGAAGAGGAGACCCUCUGGAGCAGUACCAGACAUCGCCGUGCUGCGAGCGGCAAGGAGGUGGGCCUUGCCCGGAUGUCAGCGUGACUGAAAUCCCGGCUCCGCUUUGCUGUGCCGCGCCGCGCGCGCUGUGCUACUUGUCCGGCAUUUCAGCAGCACUCCCUCCUCCUCCUCCUCCUCCUCCUCCUCCUUCUGCACCCUCCAGCAGCAUCUUGUUCCGGGACCCUGCUAGACUCAACGAGGCUUUCCGCAUGGCAGAUUCCUUGUGCGAGACCCUGCAGAAGCUGAAGCUGACCGCUGCGGAGGGCGGCGUGGACAAUCUGGAGCGGGACCUCGACGGCUUGCUCAAGGCCUUGGCUCACAGCAAUGCAGAGGCAAGUGAGAAGAUCCAGGAGAGUGGCAUUCUGAAGGUGUUUCUGGACCUGCUAGCCCCACAAUCCUCCUGUGCACCAAAGGUAGCUAACAUCAUAGCAGAAAUAGCCAAAAAUGAGUUCAUGCGCAGCCCUUGUGUGGAUGCCGGGCUGAUUCCACCGCUGGUGCAGCUCCUCCACUGCAAAGACCAAGAGAUCCUGCUUCAGACGGGCCGCGCCCUGGGGAACAUCUGUUACGAUAGCCAUGAGGGCAGGAGUGCGGUUGACCAGGCGGGCGGUGCGCAGAUAGUAGCUGACCUCAUACGCUCGCUAUGCCAAAACACUGAGCCGGCCAAUCAGAGGCUCCUGACGGUCUUUUGUGGCAUGCUGAUGAACUAUAGCCAUGACGAUGAUAUUUUACAAGCACAGCUGAUUGGCAUGGGCGUCAUCCCGACAUUGGUGAAGCUCCUGGGCAUCCACUCCCAGAAUGCCGCGCUCACCGAGAUGUGUCUCGUUGCCUUUGGAAACCUGGCCGAACUUGAAUCGAGCAAAGAGCAGUUUGCAUCGACGAACAUCGCCGAGGAGCUGGCGAGUCUCUUCAGGAAGCAGGCGGAGCACGAGAAGAAGGAGAUGAUCUUCGAGGUCUUGGCUCCUCUGGCAGAGAACGAUACGAUCAAGCUACAGCUGGUGGACGCCGGCCUGGUGGAGUGCCUUCUAGAUGUUGUCCGACAGACGGUGGACAGCAACAAGGACGAGGACAUCGCCGAGCUGAAAACCGCCUCGGACCUCAUGGUUCUGCUGCUAUUGGGAGAUGAGUCCAUGCAGAAGCUCUUUGAUGGAGGAAAGGGCAGCGUCUUCCAGCAAGUGUUGUCUUGGGUGCCGUCGCACAACCACCAGCUGCAGCUUGCGGGCGCCUUGGCCAUCGCCAACUUUGCCAGGAACGAUGGUAACUGCAUUCACAUGGUGGACGCUGGGAUUGUUCAGCUGCUGCUUGACCUGCUGGACAGACACGUGGAGGACGGCAAUGUCACCGUUCAACACGCUGCCCUCAGCGCCCUGCGGAACCUCGCCAUUCCAGUGGUGAAUAAAUCGAAGAUGCUGUCCGCCGGAGUGUCGGAUGAAGUACUCAAGUUCUUGAAGUCGGAAAUGCCACCCGUACAGUUCAAGCUGCUGGGGACGUUGAGAAUGUUAAUUGACACACAAGCUGAUGCUGCUGACCAGCUGGGGAAGAACGCCAAGCUGGUGGGGCGCCUGGUGGAGUGGUGCGAGGCCAAGGACCACGCCGGGGUGAUGGGGGAGUCCAACAGGCUGCUGUCGGCCCUCAUCAGACACAGCAAGUCCAAGGAUGUCAUCAGGACGAUUAUCCACGCGGGCGGCGUCAAGCACUUGGUGACCAUGGCGACGAGCGAGCACGUGAUCAUGCAGAACGAGGCCCUGGUGGCGCUGGGGUUGAUCGCCGCGUUGGAUCUCGGAUCGGCGGAGAAGGAGCUGGAGGGCGCCAGUCUCGUCCCAAUACUACACCGACUGCUGUCAGAUGACCUGAGUGCCCCGGAGAUCAAAUACAACUCCAUGAUUCUCAUCUGCGCCGUCAUGGGUUCAGAACCUUUGCACAAAGAGGUCCAAGGAUUGACUUUCCUGGAUGUGAUUUCCAAACUGCGAAGCCAUGAAAACAAAACUGUGGCCCACCAGGCGUCCUUAACAGAGCAAAGGUUAACAGUGCAGAGCUAAAGGACUCUUACCUUCUCCGUCUCCACGUCUCUGUUAAAUGUCCAGUCACUGGGUCUCCCGUUCUCGUCCGCCAUUCCUGCUUCCUUCCGUCUCCCUUCCUACUACGUGUGCAUGCAUUUGCAACUCCUCCAGCAGACAGUGAGAAGAACCUCGAGUACCGUAGAGCUCACCAGACACACUUUUCUAAGACCGUAGCUGUGAUCGCCGUCCACCAGGCCCUCCUCUCCUCAUCUGAUGUCUCCGUUGUCCCUUGUUGCUUGAAUUUCACGUAGUGAGCUGUGCAUGUCAUAGUCCAGUUGAUGAUGAUGAUGAUGUAGUCAUGUGACGUCCUAACGUGCCACUGGCCCUGUCUCCAACACUCGUAGGCAUCUAGCACUUUUAGCCGAGACAACAAUCUGCCACAAGGGUGACCGCCAAGUCCGGACUCUGCCACUUGUGUCCCUCCUUCAGGACAGGAUGUGUUGCGUCUCCUCCAUUCACACGCUGGUCUUGCUUAUGUUGGCGCCUAUUAAUAAAGACCGAGUGGUCCAGCA